AAAGAGAUAACAUGAAAGUAGAAAAGAGAAAUAGAGGAGGGGCAGAAGGGUAAUUUUACGGAAGAGAAAAUGAAGAGUGGAUAAAGUAAAAGAGAAGCAGAGGUGGUGAAGCAUGUGGCGAAAAGUAUUGGGUUGGCAAUGAGUCCCCCUUGCAGUUGCGCUUGCGCUUCUAAUUCUAUAAAUUGGAGCGUGGAUUAUGGAGGUGUAGUGCUUUCGAAUUCAAAGCGAAGUAGAAGAUGGAGACCAAUGGUUUCACUUUCUAAUUCGAGAAGGUCGACGGCGCUUCUCAUUUCAUCCUUGCCUUUCGCCUUCCUUUUCCUCUCUCCGCCAGCGGAAGCCAGACGCAACAAGAAAACCAUCCCAAUCGAGGAAUACGUUACUUCUCCUGAUGGAUUGCAAUACUAUGAUUUGAUCGAGGGCAAAGGUCCGGUGGCUGAGAAAGGAACAACGGUUGAGGUACACUUUGAUUGCUUGUAUCGCGGAAUCACAGCUGUAUCCAGUCGAGAAUCUAAACUCCUAGCUGGAAAUCGUAUCAUUGCUCAGCCGUAUGUAUUCACGGUGGGAGCUCCACCGGGAAAGGAAAGGAAGCGUGAAUUUGUUGACAACCCGAAUGGUUUAUUCUCUGCUCAAGCAGCACCGAAACCUCCACCUGCUAUGUAUACAAUAGUGGAAGGAAUGCGAGUUGGUGGAAAGCGAACUGUGAUUGUUCCUCCUGAAAAUGGGUAUGGACAAAAGGGAAUGAAUGAGAUUCCGCCUGGAGCUACAUUUGAACUAAAUGUUGAGCUUCUGCAAGUUGUAGCUACCUGAAGAGUGAGGUUAUGAAGACAUUGAUAAUUUGACUUCAGAAUUUAUAUCCUGUGAGGCUACGGCUAUUUUUUUUCCCA